AUGAAAGAAGCGAUUUUCGACGGCAGGCUCAAGGUUGAGAUCCACGAUGUUCCGAUUCCAGCCCCGGGACCGGGGCAGAUCUUGAUCAAAACCUUCAUCUCUGGUACCAAUCCUAAAGACUGGAAAGUGCCGAAGGUUUGGGCUUCGCACUUCCCACCUCUCAAUCACGGAGAUGACAUUGCUGGCGUUGUUCAAACUGUUGGUGAUGGCGUGCUCGGCUUCAAGACGGGAGACCGGGUUGCGGCCUUCCACGAGAUGAACACCCCACAUGGAAGUUACGCUGAAUACUCCAUCGCUUGGGCUCAGUCGACCUUUCUGAUCCCUGACAAGACCAGUUUUGAGGAGGCGGCCACAAUCCCACUCGCUGCCAUGACCGCUGCUCUUGCCUUGUACCAAAAGCUCGAUCUUCCGCUUCCUUGGAAUCCAGCCAAGGCAAGUUUGCCUCUUCUAGUCAACGGCGGUGCUACAGCUGUUGGUGCCUUUGCCAUCAAGCUCGCGACCCUGUCCAACAUUCAUCCCAUCAUCGCCGUCGCCGGAAGUGGUAGCCCAUACGUCGAAACCUUGGUCAACAAGAAGAAGGGAGAUGUCGUCAUUGACUAUCGAAAGGGAGAACAUCACGUUCUUGAGCAAAUUCGUCUUGCAGCCGGGGGGCAGCCUAUCAUCAAUGCUCUAGAUGGCGUGUCCGAAGAGCAGACAGUCCGGAUCGUUGCAAAGGCCCUUGCCCCAGGCGGCAAGAUCUCAGUCUUUCUACAGACCUCUCCCAGUGAUAUUAAGGCCGAGAUCUUGUACACCAUGGUGGGCACUGUCCAUGCCUCGAAUGACACUCCAGUUUCUCCCUUAGGCGACAAGGAGUUCGGGUCCGUGUUUUAUCGCUUCUUCGGGCUGGGAUUGGAGGAAGGCUGGUUUAAUGGUCAUCCUUACGAGGUUCUCCCCGAGGGCCUUGCCUCUUUGGAGAAAGCACUCAAAGACCUUGAAGCUGGCAAAGUGUCUGCUAAGAAGUACCUUCUUCGCAUCGAAGACACUAAGUGA